UCCAGGUUGUCAUGGUGGGGAGUACCAGAGGAAGUUGUACCAUGACCUCAUGGUCAACUACAACCGGCUGGAGAGACCCGUCCAAAACGACUCAGCACCCAUAGUGGUGGAACUGGGUCUCACACUGCUGCAGAUCAUUGAUGUGGAUGAAAAGAACCAAGUGUUGAUCACAAACGCCUGGCUGCAGCUGUAUUGGACGGACAUUUAUCUUUCAUGGAACCAAGAGCGAUACCCCGGUAUUCAGAACCUCCGCUUCCCCUCCAGUCAGAUAUGGGUGCCAGAUAUUCUCCUCUACAACAGCGCUGAUGAAAGGUUUGAUGCUACUUUCCAUACAAAUGUGCUGGUGAAUGCUACGGGAUCCUGUCAGUACAUCCCACCAGGUAUACUGAAGAGUACCUGCUACAUAGAUGUGCGGUGGUUUCCAUUCGAUGUGCAGAAGUGCAACCUGAAGUUUGGCUCCUGGACCCACAGUGGGUGGCUCCUGGACCUACAGAUGAUGGAUGUGGACAUCUCCACCUACAUACCCAACGGAGAAUGGGACCUUGUUGGUGUGCCAUCCAAACGUAACGAGCUGUACUACGAGUGCUGUAAGGAGCCAUACCCUGAUGUGACGUUCACGGUCACAAUCCGCCGACGGACGCUUUAUUAUGGACUUAACUUGCUCAUCCCCUGCGUGCUGAUCUCGGGUCUGGCCCUGCUGGUUUUCCUUCUGCCUGCAGACUCUGGGGAGAAGAUCUCACUGGGCAUCACGGUGUUGCUGUCUCUAACUGUGUUCAUGCUGCUGGUGGCAGAGAUCAUGCCUGCCACAUCAGACUCUGUUCCUCUCAUUGCACAGUACUUUGCUAGUACCAUGAUGAUUGUGGGCUUGUCUGUGGUGGUGACAGUCCUGGUUCUGCAAUUCCAUCAUCAUGACCCACAUGGAGGGAAAAUGCCUAAAUGGGUCCGAGUUAUCCUCCUGAACUGGUGCGCUUGGUUCCUCCGCAUGAAGAAACCUGGAGAAGAACACAAGGCAGCUGUAGGUGCACACAGCCCCCCGAGCUACAAGUACUCCCACUCUGCUCCUCACCACACCAGCACCAGCAGCAUUCAGAUGAAUACCAUACCAGGUCAGGCGUGCCCACAGUCGACCACAACCAACGGGAACAUGAACAUGUACUUUGGCUACCAUUCGAUGGGCACAGACAACCCGGCUUUCCCACCAAGCAAUGAUUCAGGUGUGUCUGUGUGCAGCGGAGGCGGGGUUGACCUCCACUCCGAGCAGGUACGGACUUUGCUGCUGGAGCAAAUCCCAGAAAUUUCCCAGAUCCUGGAGGAAGUGCAGUACAUUGCCAGACGCUUCCGAGAGCACGACGAAGGAGAGGCGAUCUGCAGCGAGUGGAAAUUUGCAGCAGCAGUGGUGGAUCGGUUAUGCCUGGUGGCCUUCUCACUUUUCUCCAUUAUCUGCACCUUUGCCAUCCUCAUGUCGGCUCCAAAUUUUAUUGAGGCUGUGUCCAAGGACUUCACAUAAGGCUGAUCUCUUCCCUCUGUGAAAGAAACGAGGCCCAAUCAACAUAAUAAAUCCUGACAUGGUUUAGAAAUUGUGACACUCUCUACUUCAAGUCUGUGAAGCUGCACAACCCCCAGUUAUUUUAUAUACAAAGUUUUCCUUCUGUUUUCACAUAUUUAUCAAAAAUAUAUGGUUGUAUGUGAGUGAUGUGGGUUUCCUAACAUUUCCGUACAGUAUGCAUAUUGCCAGGCAUCAGGUCGAGGCGACAUGCAAGAGAAACACUCACAAAAGCACUUUUCAUAUCUACUCCUAGCAGUCAGUGCACCACAUUAGGAACUUUAAGCAGCUCUUUUUGCAGGAACGGCUACAGCGACCAAAAUCAAAUAGAUCUGUGCUGGUUGUAGCACGCACAAACUCAAGUAACCUUGCGGGUCUACGCCAACAAAAAUACAUUUCAUGAUUACUUUUAAAA